GUCGAUAGGCCCAGUGUGGUUGUGUCACCUCAAGUUAGGUCUCCAAUAGUGCAGGACGUCGACCCGUCCUGUCACUCCUGUGCCAAGUGCGCGACUCACCUCACUAUCUCCGUCCAACCAUGGCGUCCGAGCCGCUUGCUACACAAUUUCCUGACUAUGGUCGAUGUCUCCGAAAGCAUUUCGCCUUCGAUCCUGACUUCGUUCCUCUCAAUCACGGCGCUCUGGGUGCGACGCCGCGAGCUGUGUUGGACGCGUCUAACGAUCUGACACUGGAGAUGGAGUCCAAUCCGGACGACUUCGUGUGGCUCAGAUAUGAGUCGAAGCUGAACGAGGUGCGGCAGCAGAUUGCCAGGCUCGUACACGCGGAUGUGGACGAAUGUGUCCUGGUCCCGAACGUAUGCAAUGGGAUCAAUACUAUUCUGAGGAAUUUUGAGUGGCAAGAAGGUGACGCGAUUAUAAUCACCAACUGCACAUUCAACCCGAUCGCCAACGCUGCGCGGCAUAUCUCCCAGACAUACCCCUUUCCUGCUGUAAUAGAGUUUCCCUUGCACUUCCCUGAAUCUCGUGAGGAUCUGCUCGUUCGAUGGCGCAACCUCCUGCGUGAAUUGGCUUUACCCUCGGCCUCUAGCGGCUCAUCGCAACAACGAGUUGUCGCGAUCAUUGACAGCAUUGUGUCCGGUCCCGGGCUCGUCAUGCCAUGGAAGGAGAUGGUGCAGGCAUGUAAGGAGAGGGGAGUGUGGACCGUGAUCGACGCGGCACACUCACUUGGCCAGGAACGCGUGGAUUUGAGCGCGAGUCAGCCAGACUUCUGGGUGUCGAACACGUCAAAGUGGUUAUUCGCCAAACGCGGCUGUGCUGUCCUGUAUGUACCAAAGAGUGUUGCAUAUGACAGGAACCAACAUAUAAUCAAGACUUCGUUACCUACCGCUUUCCAUGCGCCGUUUUCGCCGGACACGUCUACAUUCGGCUCAAGAUUUGCAUGGUUCGGUUCCGUGGACCUCACGAUAGCCCUGAGUAUUCCUGCCGCAUUACGCUUCCAGGAGUCCCUCGGCGGAGAGGACAGAAUCAACGCCUACUGUCGUGCGCUUGCUCUGGCUGGUGGCAAGCGGUUAGCGGAUAUAUUGGGCACACGCGAGAUGGACCAGUCACCCGACCGCGCUUGGACCGCGAACAUGGUCGCUGUGGAAUUGCCUGUACCUGCAGACGUCGUGUUCUCUUUCGAGACCAUGCGCUUCUUCCAGAUCAGACUGAUUGAGCAGCACAAGGUUUACGCAUCGCAAACCUUCCACAAUGGGAAAUGGUGGACGCGAGCAAGUGCUGCGAUAUACAACGACGUCAGCGAUUUCGAGAAGCUUGGAUAUGCUCUUGUGGAGGUUUGCCGGGAAAUUGCGAAGAGACCCAGAGCAGGCGCAAGACUGUGA